CCCACCAAGAUUAUUUUGGUUCUCACAAUUAUUGGUUUUUGUUAUCUUUUGUUGUUGAGCAGGUAUGUAAAGCGUGCACUGUAUCUUUUACAUCUUACUUGUGGCCCAUCUCAUCCAAACACUGCGGCUACCUACAUCAAUGUUGCUAUGAUGGAGGAAGGCCUUGGAAAUGUGCAUGUUGCCCUUAGAUAUCUUCACAAAGCUUUGAAGUGUAACAAAAAAUUAUUGGGGCCAGAUCACAUUCAGACUGCAGCAAGUUACCAUGCAAUAGCAAUUGCACUCUCAUUGAUGGAAGCAUACCCCUUAAGUGUUCAGCAUGAGCAGACAACCUUGCAAAUUCUCCGUGCUAAGCUGGGGCCAGAUGAUCUGCGUACUCAGGAUGCUGCUACCUGGCUCGAGUACUUUGAGUCUAAGGCUUUUGAACAGCAAGAAGCUGCCCGAAAUGGAACCCGUAAGCCUGAUGCAUCCAUUGCUAGCAAAGGCCACUUAAGUGUGUCAGAUUUGCUUGAUUACAUCAAUCCUAAUCAAGAUGCCAAAGGAAGAGAUGUUGAUGCAGUAAAGAGGAAAAGCCUUAGUACAAAGGUUAAGGAAUUAUCCACCCAAAAUUUCAGCUUAGCAAGUUCUGAAGUAUCUAUAAAAGAUUCACCUGCAGCAACUUCAGAUGAGGAAAAACAGGUCCCUGGUCCUAGAAAUAAUGAAAAAGAGAUCCAGGAAAGUAUUCCACCAAUUCAGUCUGAGCUGACUGUGGUGGAAGAAGUUGCAGAAGAGAAGCUGAAGAACGUAAAUGAAGUACCAACAGAAGUGAAUGCUGAAGGAGAAGAUGGAUGGCAACCUGUCCAAAGGCCACGAUCAUCUGGCUCAAACAGUCAGUUAAGACAGAGGAGAACAAAUGUUAGCAGGGUAUAUAAUUAUCAGAAAAUGGAUGUAGUUGCUGAAACAGAUCAGUUUAGAGCGAAGAAUACUUAUCAUAACAGCAGGUAUUAUUUACUAAAGAAAAGAACCAUUAUUCCUGGGAGCUACAUAGAUCAUCACCCUGCAAAAAGCAACUCUCCAGCUGCUAAAUUUGGUCGGAAAAUAGUCAAAGCUGUAACAUACAGGGUUAAAUCAGUGCCUUCAUCUACCAAAGCUGAAAUAACAGAUAAUUCUAUGAAUGGAGAUGAAGUAUCCAAUCCUCUACUUGAACCUGGAACCUCUUCUGCACCAAAUGAAGUUACAUCAGUCCAACAGAGCAAUUCAGUAGUUAAUCUUGGAAAGCCUCCUUCUUACAAGGAAGUAGCACUUGCCCGGCCAGGCACCAUUGCCAAGAUGCAGGUCAUGAAGUCCCAAGGUGACCUUCCAGGUGAUGAUGUGCUGAAUAUUGGAAAACAUAAAGAGGAAGAAAAUGAACCAAAGGAAAAGAUACCCAUGACAUUGGAGGUAGAAAGCACCAUGGAAGAGAAGACAGAUAGUUGCAUUGCAGAUUCUGUGGUCGACUUAAAUGAUGAAAUUGAAAUUGUUGGGAGGCAAGAAGAGACAAAACAAAAGGAUGAAUUGGGACAUAACACUUCCGAGAAUGUAUCUUCGGUUAUGGAAGUGGAUGCAUCAGACAUCAUUGAGGAACGUGGAUUGGUACAUGAAAGCAACCACACCGUUAAUAGUGUAAGUUCCAGCAACGAGAGCAUCCAAACUGAUAACAGUGCAAGUUCCAGCAAUAUCUGCAUCCAAACUGAUGAUAGUGCAAGUUCCAGCAAUGCGCUAAAGGAAGAUAUUUGCGUAGAGGCUACAUCUAGCAUUGUUGAGCCUGGGGAUAUUUCUAGCUCUACAAUGCAAGGAGAGGAUCUUAAGGGGAAACUCUCAGCUACAAAUACUGGUGAUGUUCAAGAUAUCCCCAACAAGAAGUUGUCUGCCUCAGCAGCUCCAUUCAACCCUUCUCCAGCUGUUGUCUGUGGACCACCGGUCUCGAUGAACAUUAAUCUUCCCUCUGUUGUUGGUGCUGUUCCAGCUGUUGCUCCUUGGCCAGUGAACGUGACUAUUCACCCUGGGCCCCCCACUGUCCUCCCUACAGGGGCUCCCAUGUGCUUGUCCCCUCACCACCCAUACCCAUCACCUCCUCGAACCCCAAACCUUAUACACCGUGUGCCAUUUAUAUACCCUCCGUAUACUCAGCCACAAGCUAUUCCAACCAGCACCUAUCCCAUGACUAGCAGUCCAUUUCAUCAUAAUCACAUUACAUGGCAAUGCAACAUGAACCCAAAUGCAUCAGAAUUUGUUCCUGGCACUGUGUGGCCUGGUUGCCAUCCAAUGGAGUUUUCUGUCUUGCCACCUGUUGUUGAGCCAAUUGCUGACCCUGUCAUGGAGCCAAAAAUGCAAACCAAUCAUCUUGAGGGAAUGAGUUUAGUUUCAACUAUGCCAGUUGAGAACAGGGAUGGGGGUGAAGCCAACAAAAACAUUGGUGAUCUAGCAUCUGAGGUCGAAGAUAGUGGGAGCACAGUAUCUGAAAUUGGAUUGGAAAAUAUGGAAGAAAAUGAAGAAUCAAAAUCUGGUAGAAAUGAAACAGCUAAAAGUCAACCGAGCAAUAGUAGCAAUCUAAAUGAAGAGUCUGGAGGCAGUGGUGAGAAGCAUGUGUCAAGACACAGUCAAAGGAUUGAUGGAGAGGGAAGCUUUGGCAUUUUGAUUAGGGGUCGAAGAAACCGAAAACAGACUCUGCGAAUGCCUAUAAGUUUGCUCAAUAGGCCAUAUGGAUCACAAUCCUUCAAAGUUAUUUAUAACAGAGUAGUCAGAGGGAGUGAAGUUCCCAAAUCUAGUGGCAUAUCCUCUAGUGAAGGUUAACACUAGAAAGUGAACUCCUAUAUUAUACUCAGUAGACUGGAGUACUUUUUUUUUCUUUCAGGUUUAAUCCUCACAUGAUGUAGUACCAUUUUGCCUGAUUUGACCAA